AAGAUCUACACAGAGCUCUACAUCACAGAGGGAGAGAGUGAAGGGGUGAAUAAUGAGCAUGAGGUUUGGCAGGUAGAGUCAGCAUCCAGGCCACAAACGACAGAGGACACAGCAAUCAACUGCAAUGACAUCUUCAAGCCCUUACCUGGACAGGAGAGACAAAUCAGAACUGUCAUGACCAAGGGCAUUGCUGGCAUUGGAAAAACCGUCUCAGUGCAGAAGUUCAUCCUUGACUGGGCAGAGGAGAAAGCUAACCAGGAUGUAGAUUUCAUGUUUGUUCUUCCGUUCCGUGAGCUGAAUUUGGUCAAACAUGAUCAGUACAGUCUUCACAGGCUCCUGCUUGACUUCCACCCUGAGCUUAGAGAUCUACAGGAUGCUGAAUACAAAGACUGCCACAUUGUGUUAAUCUUUGAUGGUCUGGAUGAGAGUCGACUUCCUCUGAAUUUCCAAGAGAACCAGAAGUUGUCUGAUGUGACACAAACAUCAUCAGUGGAUGUGCUGAUGACGAGCCUCAUUCAGCAAACUCUUCUUUCCUCUGCUCUCCUCUGGAUAACCUCCCGUCCAGCAGCUACCAGUCAGAUCCCUUCUCAGUGCAUCAGUCUGGUGACAGAAGUACGAGGGUUCAAUGACCCACAGAAGGAAGAGUAUUUCAGGAAGAGGAUCAGUGACCAGAGUCAAGCCAACAGAAUCAUCUCACACAUUACGGCAACCAGGAGUCUCCACAUCAUGUGCCACAUGCCAGUCUUCUGUUGGAUAUCAGCCACUGUCCUUCAGCAGAUACUGGAACAGGAUGAUGGGAGAAAAGCCCCAAAAACACUGACUGAAAUGUUCAUACACUUUCUGCUCAUCCAGACCACCAGGAAGAACCAGAAGUAUCAAGAGGAAAGUGAGACAAAUAGACAGAGGCUCCUGGAGUCACACAAGAGUGUCAUAUUGAAAUUGGCAGCGCUGGCUUUCAAGCAUCUGGAGAAUGGCAAUCUCAUGUUCUAUGAGGAAGACCUAAGAGAGUGUGACAUUGAUGUCAGUGAAGCCUCUGUGUACUCUGGCAUGUGCACUGAGAUCUUCAGGGAAGAGUGUGUGUUUUUCCACAAGAAGGUAUACUGCUUUGUCCAUCUGAGCAUCCAAGAGUUUCUUGCUGCACUUCAUUUGUUUGCCUCCUUCUUGAGUAAGAACAUGGAGGUCCUGAAACCUUUUCUUAGAAGAAAGUCCAUGACUUUGCCAGAUUGGCCUCUAGAUGAGCUGCUGAAGAAUGCUGUGAACAAAGCUUUGGAAAGCAAGAAUGGACACCUUGAUUUGUUUGUCCGCUUCCUUCAUGGCAUUUCUCUGGAGUCAAAUCAGAGACUUUUGCUUGGCCUCCUGACACACACACAUAGCAGCCCAGAGAGUGUAAAGAAAACAAUCAAGAACCUGAAGAUGAUGCAGAGACCAAAUAUCUCCCCCGAGAGGUGCAUCAAUCUGUUCCACUGCCUGGUGGAAAUGCAUGACUCUUCUGUUCAUGAUGAAAUCCAGGCUUUCCUGAAGGCAGAGAAAGGUGCCGUGAAACAGCUCACACUGGCUCACUGCUCAGCAUUGGCUCAUGUGCUUCUGAUGUCUGAUGAGGUGCUGGAUGAGUUUGACCUGAGCAAAUACAAAACCUCUCCAGAAGGUCGCAGGAGACUGGUUCCAGCCGUGAGAUGCUGCACAAAGGCUCUACUUGCUGGCUGUAAAUUAACAGAGAAGUCCUGGGAGAUUGUGGCCUCAGCACUGCAGUCUGCAAACUCCCCCUUAAGAGAGCUGGACCUGAGUCAGAAUGACCUGCUUAAGUCAGGAGAAAAACUGGUCUCUGCUCUUCUGAGUCCAAACUGCAAACUGGAGACGCUGAGACUUGUUGGCUGUAAACUGAAAGGGGGAUUUGUGGCUUUGGCUCACAAGGGGGCAAACUCCCACCUAAGAGAGCUGGACAUGAGUGACAGUGAGCUUCAGGACUGUGGAGGAGAACUGCUCCAUCAACCACUGAAUCAAGACUGUAAAGUGAGACUCACCAACUGUAGACUCAAACACAGCUCCUGUGUGGUUGUGGUCUCAGUUCUGGAGUCAUAUAUUUCUCAACUGAGUGAGUUGGACAUGAGUGGCUGUGAUCUGCAAACAUCAGAAGAGAAGCUGCUCUCUGGUCUUAGAGAUCCAAACUGCCAACUUGAAAAACUGAGACUUGUUGGCUGUAAACUGAGAGGAAGAUUUCUGGCCUUGACUCUUCAGUGGGGAAACUCCCACCUAAGAGAGCUGGACAUCAGUGACAGUGAGCUUCAGCACUGUGUGUGA